AUGGCUACAGGUGUGGAUGCUCUCGAUAUACAGUCCCAUCAAAUAGACAUGAUCGGGAGAAGCAGCUUUCCUAGAAGCUUCGUUUUUGGUGCAGCAUCUUCUGCUUAUCAGUAUGAAGGUGCUGCUUUUAAGUACGGAAAAGGAUCAAGUAUUUGGGAUACCUACACUCACGAACACCCCGAGAGAAUUAUGGAUCGUAACAAUGGAGAUGUAGCUGUUGAUUCAUACCAUCGCUACAAGGAAGAUGUUGCCAUUUUAAAGCAUAUAGGUUUUGAUGUUUACAGAUUCUCAAUCGCCUGGUCCAGAAUUCUGCCGAAUGGAAAGCUUUGUGGGGGUGUGAACAGGCAAGGAAUUGAUUACUACAACAAUCUCAUCAAUGAACUCCUUAGAAAUGGCAUCAAGCCCUACAUCACACUUUUCCACUGGGAUGUUCCCCAAGCUUUAGAAGAUGAAUAUCAAGGCUUCUUGAGCCACCAAAUUGCAAACCAAAAUGGUACAAUUGGCAUAACAUUGGUGUCAGAUUGGUAUGUCCCAUAUUCAAAUAGUGAGGCAGAUGAAAAAGCUACGAAUAGAGCUCUUGAAUUUUCUCUUGGUUGGUUUUUGCAUCCACUCGUUUAUGGAGAUUAUCCAACCAGUAUGAGAACUCUUGUGGACGAGAGACUGCCCAAAUUCACAAAGGAAGAAAGUAUUUUGAUCAUAGACUCGUUUGAUUUUCUUGGAGUUAAUUAUUAUACAGCUAACUACGCUAAGAACAAUUCGAAUAACGUUCAUCCAAAACCAAGCUACUUGAAUGAUAUUCAUGCCACUCUUACAGCUGAUCAUAAUGGAGUUCCAAUUGGUCCAAAGGCACACCCAUCAUCUUGGCUUGCUGUAUAUCCAAAGGGAUUAAAAGAGUUGUUGAUUUAUAUAAAGAAUAAUUAUAAAAAUCCAAUUAUUUACAUCACAGAAAAUGGAUACCUUGACUAUAACAGCCACCAUGUUCAAGAUUUAAUUAGAGAUAAGUGUAGAGUCAAAUAUUUUCACGACCAUCUAUAUAAUCUUCAUGAAGCAAUCAAAGCUGGUGUGAGGGUGAAUGGAUACUUUGCUUGGUCAUUGUUAGACAAUUUUGAAUGGGCAAGUGGAUAUACCCUACGCUUUGGGCUCACUUAUAUUGAUUUCGAGCACCAUUCAUUGAGAAUGCCAAAAGAUUCGGCUAGAUGGUUCAACAAUUUCCUCAACAACUGA